ACGACCGUCGCGACGGCCGGCCGCCACUCUCUGAGUCUGCCUUUCCGCUAGUCCUGGCUAAUUAUUGCAGCUAGCUGAUACUGGGUCCUUGUCUGGUUGUCCGUUCUCCAGAACAUCGAGGUGGCCGGUCAUGGCUACCACUACCCAAAUCCUGUAUAAUUCGCCCGCGCUGCACUCCCUGAAGCGUGAGCAGCUGGUGAAGCUGUGCAAGAUACACUCCUUGAAGGCCAAUGGCAAGAAUACAGAGAUCAUUGAACGACUUAAGAAGCACGCCCUCCAACUCGGCCAAGAGACCUUCCUCGAUACCCACCAGCGGGACGAUCAGAAGGAGAACAUACAGGAUGGGUUCAAACUGCAGAUGCCAAGGCCGAGUGAACAAUGGGAGGUCGUUAUGGAAGACAUACAGGAGGCGCCCGAGCCCCUCGGUACGAUCUCGUCGAAAGGCACUCUGACCAGCAUGAGAGGCGGAACAGAGGAGUUCGGCUCCAAAACUUCGACUGUGAGUUCCUCGCUCCGCGCACUGGCCACGUCGCUAGGCAUCAAGCACACCUCUAACAACACAAACGGAAGCCUCAACAAGCACGCCGUCCCUUUCAAGGACUUGCCGUCUCCGGAAGCACUGCCGCGGACCGAGCCCGCACCGCUGAGCACGCCAGAUGUCGAGGCUCUUAAAGAAGCCGCGCGUACUGCGGCGGCGGAGGACGAUGGCGACGUAUCCAUGUCAGCCCCUGUUCCUGGAAGCCCGUCCCGCCCCGGUGCACCAGCUCCUGCCAACGCGCGACUGAGCAUGGGCCAGGGCCCAACGACCACUAUCCGCCUCAUUAACUCGCAGAAUACACUCGAGGCGCCCGGAACUCCGGUAUUACCAGCGUUUCAGACGAACUUCGAUCUUAUCCUGGGGUCGCCGAAUCCGACCGCUACACCUGGGCGGGCUAUCAACGUGUGGCCUGCGUCCCCAGGAGGUCCGUCCGAGCGACUCUACCCGGCGAUACCCUUCGAGGACUUGCUUUCUAUGAAGGCACCCAGCCAAACCCCCGACGACGAUGUUAACAUGCCUGGCGGUCUCGGCGGGCCAGAGAUUCGCGCGACUCAGGCUACACCCGUCAAGAAGCCAGAGCAGCCUCUCUCAAAGGGCACCCCGAAGCCCACUGAUGCGCUAGACAUCUUCUCGCCUAUGCGCCCCACUGCUGCUGGUGCUUCUCCUGCUGCUAACUCCGGUUCGAAACUUGGCAUUCCGCGCAGCGAGCCCUUCCUCUUUGGCUCCCCGCUGCCGCGGAACAGUCUCUCCAACCAGCAAUUUAGCGAUGCAGCGCAGACACUUAUGCAGGAGAUGCAGCGGCGCCUUGCUGAGCAGGGCAAGGACAAGGGCCCCGAGCAGAAGCCUUCCGCCGCAUCUGUACCACCCAUUUUCGCGUUGAUCGACAAAGGACAGAGUGCGAACCAGCAGGCCGGUAGCCCGGACAGGUUCAUGAAGGCGCACGAGGCACAGUUCAGCAAGAUGGACUCGAUCACGACGCACUAUGCUGCUAAACGUCUCGUUGCUCCUGCCUCCCGGCCUGCGGGCGCCGCGUCGAGGAAGCGCAAGUCAGACGCACUGGGGCUUGGCCAUGCCCCGGGUGGCAAACGGAAAAGCAGUGCUGCGGGUGCGCGGGUUAUCAGUGCGGGUGCGCGCAAGCGCAUGGCUGUCCCAGGAGGGUUUGGGGCCGAUGACGACGACGACGAAGAGGGAGAGGAAGAUGCUGGAGACCGGCGCUCGUCGAAACGUGUGCGAGUCUCCGAACUCGACGGCGUGCACAAUGGGAGGAGAGUCUCGAUUGCUCCUACCGCUGGUGCUAUUCAGGAAGGCGAUGACAAAGAGGAAGAGGAAGCGAAGAAGCUGAAGGAGCGGGAAGCCAUCCGCCGGAGGCUUGAGGCCAAUAAGGCUCGAAGGCGCAGCAGCAGAGGCCGGGUCAGCGUGGGUGGAAAGGCCGUUCCUCCCAAAGCUAAGCCGUCUCGCUUCGGCUUCUUCACGUCCGCCAAGACCCUCGUGAAGAACGUUUGGAAUAUGGGAGGCGGGCCAGCGACCACCAGCAAGCCUGCUCCGGUAGCGAGCUCCAGCAUUCCGGUGGCCAAACCGACCCAGGCUGUGCCGAAGCCCGUCAUCACCACCGCUGCCCCACCAGCCGUCCAGAAUUCCAGCAUGAGAAGCACGACAUCGACUGCACGCAAAGCUCCAGUCUCCACUUCGAACAAACUACAGAAGCCACGCCCUGAGCCACAGGCAUCCUCGUCGAAAGGGAAUGGCACUGUAAAGUCGUCGCACUCCGCUGCACAGGCUCGCGCUCCCAUACCGUCCUUCGCGAGUCCCGUUGCCGGAACUGCCAGUUCCAGGACGAGCACGUCAACCGCGACGUCGAAGAUACCCUCGAGGCCUGGUUCCAUCGCAGGCGCGUCGUCGCUGGGAAUGCGGACUAGUCUGGCGACCAAGUCACAAGGCCCCACAUCGUCUGUCGGGACGCGGCGAAGCCUUUUGACUACCUCGGCUGCUGGCACGGUUACUAGCACGAGAGCGUCCACGAGCUCCGCGCAGGGAUCACGCGACAGAGAUAGCAUUCCUCGCUCCAGGACGUCGUCUCUCCUCGCGCCAACGGCCAGUUCUCUCGCCAAGGCUGUCGGGAAGGGUGAUACGGGGACGGCAAGCAGGCUCUCGACCCUCCCUGCUGUCGCAGAGCAGCCGGUCAAACGCGCCGAGCGGAGGUCGCCCUACUUCACAAACCACUCCCAUACACCACGCGUCUCUCACUGCCGCUGCGACUGCAUUGGCGAGCCCGUCUGCAUCCCUACAGCUGUGCCACCCAAGCCAAAGGGAUUGAUCGCGAAGAAGCCACGGAUCUCCCGCACUCGAGUUAUCGCGAAGGUCGGCGCGCAGCGGGAUACCACGCAGCCUGCGGCGCCGUCUGUCCUUGCACCUGCUCCCCGUAUGCGAUCUAGCAUGGGUGUGCGGAAGUCUCUGGGAGGAGUCAAGUCUGGGCGUGCCAGCGCUGGCGGCGAGGCUGCGAAGCUUGCUGCGAAGAAGAGGGCGAGGCAGAGCGAGUAUGCGCGGCGGCGGAGUCGUGCUGAAGAAGGGCUUAAGUCACCUCGGGGCCGGGCAAGUGUGAUUGACGACGAUGCGAUGGACGUUGAUGCCUGA